AUGCCCUUCUCCUUCACAUCGUCAAUCUCCUUCUCCUCGUCCAUCAGCCACAACGGCAAGACCGAGGAGAAGCGCUGGGCGCGCAAGACGGAGCGGGACCCUUCGGGCACCACUGUCCGGACAGCCUCCUACAAGACGGGCGAGCCCGUUUACCUCGAGCGCCGCGAAUACGAUUCUGCAGGCCGGGCCCUGCCAGAGGGACGCGCUGUCAAGAGCGAUGGGGCGGAGAAGAUUGAUCGUCGCAUUGAAGACGUUUCUGAGCGGGAAUAA